ACACACACAAGUGUUUGUGCAUCGUGGUUAUUUGGUUCUAAAUCGUCACAUUAGGCGGUCUACAAUGCAACGUUCUUCUUCGAAUUGGUUCUCUUGUUCUCGAUUCAUCCAAACAGUCAUGGGGUUUCUGUAACAUGUAAAUUGAUGGGGGAGACCAAUGUUGCGAUUUUGUGAAAAUCCGUCUCCUUCUUUUGGAUUGGAAGGAUGGAUUGUUGGAGGCAUUUACAGUUGAUUCCUCCUAGGCACCUUCGGCCCAAGCUGACUUGACACUUCUUACUCAGAUAUUGCUGUUUUUCUCCUUGUCUACUUGCAUAUCGAAUAAAACUUCUGUGGUGAUAAAAUGCAUCCUCCUCUUAACUUGCACAAGCAUCCAAUGUGCGUAGAAAUAAUUGAACAGUUUCAGAAAUGCCAUAUGGACCAUCCGGUUGCCAAAUUUUUCGGUGAAUGCAAUGAUCUCAAAGUAAAGCUUGACCGCUGCUUCAGACAGGAAAGGCUGUCAAGGCGGAAGCAGAACUUUGAGAAAAGCAAGAAGUUCAAGGAAAGAUUGUGGGCCGACAGGCUAAGAGAGAAAGAAGAGGAACAUCUACAGACAGAACAAUUUCAGACCCAGACCGCUAAAUCUGGAUGAUGAGAAAAUGCAUUGCACACAAGCUUAAAAUCUUAAAUCUGUUCUCGACUGGCUCGGAGAAACGGUGAGACUGUACGCUAAUGAGCACAAACCACAUCUGAAUAAUUCCAGUUUUACAUUUUGUAGUGCAAUUUCAUCCAGUUGAAUUGCUCGUUCAACUUGUUGAUAGUUUACUUGUGUGAUGCCAUUGCAUCAAGAACUAUCUGAGUUGGAUUUCAACCGAUCGUUCAUGCUUCUAGGACUGUUUGAGAUAUAGUCGCUUCUAUGUUGAAUUAGAAAAUGAUUUUUAUCGUGCUUAAUGAAAAUGGCAGUUGGAUUA